AACUUAUAACAGCCAGUCUAGUCCUGACAGUGGCAUAGUGAAGAAGACUCUCUUAGGAUGAAGACUGUUGUAGCUUUCUUGGGUGUUGUGGCCCUUACUGUUGGUGCUGAAUGGAAUGCAUUGAAAGUGACUUACGGCAAGAAUGGCAAAGGUUACUACGACCUGCCGUGGUCCGUGGAGGAGGCGACCGCGCAAGGAAAGUGGCUGAAGAUUGACGAAGACAAGAAACUCAAUGUAGAAGUGUUUUCACAGCCCCAAGACCCUCGCCUCAUGAUUCUUUUUGACAAGAAGGGAACAGUUGCAGGACUCAGAUUGGCAUUCCUGAAGAAUGGCAUUGACAAGAAGGCAAUUGACGGAGGUCACACGUUUGAUUUUGAUUAUGACAACAACCCUAUGUAUGAAAAAGGCAACUACUUUGGCAAGGAGCUUUGGUACACCACUGUCCUUUUGGCUGCUCCAAAUACUCUGGUAUCUGGUGGAAGAGCAAAAUUGAACAAGAACACUGACUCAGUGGCUGAAAAUGUGUACUUCAGACUUCAGGGCAAGUGGAUGGAAGUGAGCAGAGACGAAUGCAAACCUAACGCAGAGUUUGAGGAGGCAAACUGCUUCGCCGGCAUGGGCAAGCACUACUUCAAGGGGCAUGGAGUGGACUGCACACGUAGAGAACCUGUAUGGACUCUGUAUGACAACGGCAAGCUUAUCGGAGUGGGAUUGGCUGGUUUUGGCUCCUACGUCGAUAAUAACCUCAAGACCAAGACCUACUACGAACAAGGAUCCCUCCCAGUGCAGAACAUCUUGCGCAGUGCACCGAGCUGUGUAGAGGAUUAUGUCAACAACUACGGCCUGAUGUCCAUGCACGUUUUCCUGACUAAAGACGCAGCCAAAAUCACUUGCCCAGCAGAAGAUUGGAGACUUAGCCAUUGCUGAUCUAGGAAAAGAUUUGGAGAACAUUUUUUUUAUAAAUUAAGACGGACAAAAUUAGAUAUUUUAAAAUGUCAAAUUUAUACACUGCAAUAAUUUAAUUGUUAGAGGAUUUUUAAUAAUAAACUAUGUCCUACACAA